GUAACUAGCUUUGUGUUAAUAGUUUUUCUAAAAAACUUUCAGUUUUUUUUUUUCUUCGAAAAAAAUACCAUGGUUUAUCUUCAUUUUCCUUCAAAUUUGACAGAAGAGGAAUUAAUGCUUCAAACUAAAUAUCAGAAGUUAAAAAAAAAGAAAAAGGCUUUGCAAGCAUUAAAAGCACCCAAACCCGAACCUGAAAAAACACCUGCACUCAAAAGACCAGCAGAGGCAAGAGAUGCAAGGGAAGUUGCCAAAAAACUAUUGAAGUCAGGCGCCAUUUCUGCUAUACCUAAACCUUGCGAAAAAACUGAAACGACUGGAUUCAAAAGGUCUAGAGGCCUAGAAAGAAAGCUCUCUUCUUCUGAUCGAGCACCCAGUGGGUUUCAACCAUUUUCUGCAAGCCAAGGCAGUAUGGUCACCAAUGAAGAUCAUGUCAUACAAGAAGCAUCCAGGACCAAAAGCAAGGUUCCGAAUCUGUACGAAAAUUUUAUCUCUUCAAGAGAAACAGACCCAGAAGCUUCUGUGACCAGCCCAACAACACUUAAAGAAACAUCUGGUUCUCCCACACUUUCCCCCUUGAAGCAUCAGAAACCCACAGUUGGGCACACUGUCUAUGUGUUUGGCUAUAGCAUCACUGAAGACAUCCUCAAAAAAGCUUUUCAGUCUUUUGGAAAUGUUGUCAAUAUUUCGAUGGAAAUUGAAAAAAACUGUGGGUUUGUUACGUUUGAUAAAACAUCAUCAGCCGAUAGAGCCAUCAGUGAAAUGAAUGGUAGUAUGGUUUCGGGUAUACAGUUAAAAGUAUCCCUGGCACGGCGUCAACCUGUAAUCGAGCCAAUUAACGACGCGUCGUCAUCCGCCACCUGGUCUACAAUAGCUGCUCGCAAUUCACAAAAAGGAUCAUACAAAGAUAAGCGAGACUUGGUGACUUACGAAGAAGAAUUGUUUUAAGAAGGUAAAAAGAUGAAAGAGCUGGCGAUCCUAUGUAAUUGUAAUUUUCUCGUGGUGGAUGUACAGUGAUAUUUCAUAUUACAUAAAUUUCCCAUCAGAA